GUGGUUUCUAUUUCUUUUAAUUUUUUUCUUUUCUGGUUCUGUAUCUGGUUUAAUGUAAAGUGUCAUAUUUUUUUUUCAGUUUUUUGUUUGAGAAGUUCGAGUCAUAUCAGUUUAUUUGAGACCUUAAAACACACAGGGAAAACCAGGUUAACGGUGUGUUCAUACCAAAGUGAAUUUUUGCAAGUUUACUCACAGGAUCAUUUGUGUUACUCGCAAGUAACACAAGUGAAUAUUCGCUUUUAAUCUAGCUUACUAUGGUGGUAUGAGCCCCAAAUAGACAGAUUUUGCUGUGAUUUAAUGUCAAACAACAGAAAGGAUGCUGAAAUAAAUACAUCAUGAUGGUGAUUUGGAAAAUGUCUGAAUUCAUACUUUGUCGAGUCUGUACGCUAGACGACAAGCAAAGAACUUUUAAAAUGCUUGCUUUCUGAAUAGAGUUCAGAUCAAUCAGGGCCAUGCUAACUUAGCUCAUAUUAGUCAGAGCAAUGUCCUUUUCUGUCCUGUAUUAAUAGGAAAUAGUAUCAUAGAGCUCUGGGUGCACACAGACAGUAAGGGUGGUGGGUGUAUGGAAGCGAAUCGUGACCAAAAUUUAAAUUUAAAUGCAUUUGCAGAAAUGCUUUUUCAUUUUAAGAAUGUGGCUGCAUUAUUUGACUCAUAAUUAAAAUUAAUAAUCAAUCAUCCUAUUUGCAUUUUAAUUUUCUUAUUCGAGACUGCUCAUUCUUUUACUUAAUUAAAAUGAAAAAGAAAAAGACAUUUGAGAUUUAAUUUUCAAAAUAUGCCCCAGCAAAUAGAUAGCAAAAUUCAAUUUGAAAUGUAAAAUUUGAAAAUUUAAAUGCAUUUGAAGAAAUGCUUUUUCAUUUUAAGAAUGUGGCUGCAUUAUCUGACUCAUAAAUAAAAUAAGUAAUCAAUCAUCCUAUUUGCAUUUGCAUUUUCUUCUUAACUGCACAUUUUAUGCCAUCAUCAAAAAGAAAACAAAGAGGAGAUUGUUAUUUCGUUUUUGUGGUCUGCCCCGCAAAAUAGUGCCCAUAAUUCGAAAAGGAUUCGGCAAUCUGAGCGGCGCAGGAGAGUGGCGUCAGUAGCCGCUCUUCUUCAGCUCCAGUAGAGGGCGGUGUGCACAUUUCAUAUAUCGACGCAUGGAGUUCAAAAAUCUGGAGUUAAACAAAAAAGUGCUAAAGUGUUAGAUUUUGGGAGUUUAUUCUCUCCAUUUAACUACAGCUUGUGUUCAGGGUAACUCUUUGGCGGAGUGAUAUUUGGGUGUUCAUUCACUGGGUGUUGAGGAGCCUGAUUCAACACCUGAGUUCACAGCUUUGUCCCGCGCUCCGCUCAGCAGUCUUCACUUGGACUUCACCGUGACUCUUGAGCCAGUGGUCAAGAUGUUGUUGAAGGUACAACAAGGAAGGACAAAGAAGUAUGUGAAACUGGAAGAGGUCAGCUUCUCAGAUUUUAUAAAUGCAGUGCAGCAGAAGUUUCUCAUACCAGAAGAUAAAGUGCUAAAAGUCGCAGAUGAGCAGGGCAUAGAGGUGGAUGAGAAUGUCUUUCCAGAACUUGCAACAGAAGCAAUGUGUUUUGUUAUCUCCACUGAUGAUGAGUGGGACAGCGACAUGGCUUCUCUUCUUGUCUUGCUGCAUCUUCUCACUCCACAACCAGCUGGAAGGAAGAGGCCCAAGAAGAUCAGUGUCAUAGAGGCAACAGAUCAUCUGGUGAAAUUUCAGAAGUCCUGCCAGAGCCUGGAGGAUCACCUCAUGACCACUGAAGGAAACCCUCAGCCAUAUCUUACUUUUGUUGGGAUGUACCCUGGGAAAAAUUUGAGACUAAAAUGUGGUCAAGUAGGAUGUUGCUUGCAAUUUUCAAGUUAUUCUGGAUUUAGAAGACACUUGAUUAAGAUACAUGCUUCUAGUGAUAACACCUGUGUGCCUCCUGAGACCCCCUCUAGCCAUGACAGCCAACAGCACAAUAAUUCUCAGUGCCUAAAUGAUGGAACACCCUCUACUUCAUCCCAAAUUAUUGAGGCAGGCCCUUCAGUGUCAACUCACAGCAAAGAUAUGUGUGUCUGAUGUGUGAUUCACAUUUGUAUGUCAGAGGGUUGUAUUAUUUAAUGUAUUAACAUAACAACUAUAUGGAAUUCACCCUUGUUUUUAUGUACAUGUUUAUGUACUUAAAUUACAGGUUUAAAGUCUACCUCAUGUUAAUACAUUCCUGCAUUACAGAAAAGUUCUUUGUUAUCCUGUCAGACAUUUGUGCAAUGCUUUUAUACUAUGUUUGUACUUUCUGCACUUUUCUCUUGCACUACAGAGAGAUGUGGUACUGACAUGAUUUGUGGAAUAACUGCCUGUUCCAGCUGUUUAGCUGCUGUUAAAGCAGUUUGUUUUAAAUGUGAAUAUGUCUGGUUGGUUUGCUGUAACAUGUUUACAGUUUGUACACACAUGGAUUUAAAAUAAAAAUGUGUGGUAAUCAAAGUUUUUUGUAGU